AUGCCAAAAGACGAGGUGGAUCACCAGCAAACACUGGAUACCGAUAACGAGAGGCUCAAAAAGUCAGCCACGAAGGAAAGUUCGAAAGGCUCUUCCAAAAAUGACGAGACUCCCUACUCGCGAUUUGGAACUCGCGAGAAAUACCUCAUGGUACUGAUAUGUGCGUCCAGCGGCAUCUUCUCCACUAUUGCAGGUCCAAUCUAUUUUCCAGCGCUUACCACGAUUGAAAAUGAUUUUCACAUCACCACAGAGCUGGUAAAUGUGUCAGUGGUAUUAUAUUUCGUUUUUCAAGGCCUGGCUCCAACACUCAUGGGCGGUUUAGCCGACACUUUCGGACGUCGCCCUGUUGUAUUAUGGUCAAUAAUGCUGUAUUUUGUAGCAUGCAUUGGCUUAGCGUGCUGUAAAGAAUACGGCGAGAUUUUGUUUCUAAGAUGCGUUCAAAGUGCAGGUAUCUCGCCGGUAAUUGCCGUAAACAGCGGCAUUAUGGGCGAUAUCACCACCCGAGAGCAGCGAGGGGGCUACGUUGGGUUAACCGCAGGAUUUCAAAUAGUUGGAUCUGCUUUCGGAGCCCUUAUCGGGGGAGGCAUCGUAUCGCGAUGGGAUUGGAGAGCCAUCUUUUGGUUUUUGGCCAUUGGGUCGGGUGUUAGCUUGUUAUUCACUUCAAUGGUGUUGCCCGAGACCAAGCGGACAAUUGUAGGGAACGGAUCUAUCACACCAAAAAGCAUCUGGUCUCGCGCACCUAUUCUGGCGCUGCCAACCUGGAAACGAAAACUACAUCUCAACAAUCCUGACUACGAAACUCUGAUCCCCAAAGAAAAACUAAAUCUACUGGCCCCCAUUGGUCUUUUCAGACGUCCUGAAAUUGCGUUUCUGCUCCUAACGACAGGGCUACAAUUUUCGCUCUGGGUGUGCCAUUUGACCGCCUUGGCGUCUCUGUUGGAGAAGGACUAUCACUUGACAGUCGCCAAAGUCGGAAUAUGCUACUUGCCCAGCGGUAUUUGCACCCUGAUAAGCGUUGUUUCUGCCGGAAGAGUUUUGAACUGGAACUAUAGACGCCGGUAUUCGAAACACAAACGGUUUAUUGAGCAAGCACGAGAAGAGCUGCUUGCAGAGUACGACCAUGAUGAGAAGCGAGUGGACGCAAUCUUGACCCAAGAUCUGGCCUAUGCAUUCAACAUUUUCCGCGCCAGACUAGAGAUCAUUUUCAUCCCUUUACUACUGAGUGGUGCUGGCUUUAUCAUUUUUGGCUGGUGCUUGGGCCAACAUGAAAGCCUGGCACUGGUCCUGUUCUUCAGUGGCUUUGCGUCGCUGUUUUCCAAUUGUGUCAUCGCGUGUGCUACCACCCUGGUAGUGGACUUGUACCCACAGAAAUCGUCAACGGCUACGGGCUGUGUGAACUUUUCCCGUUGCAUUAUGGCCGCCAUUUUCGUGGCGGCACUGAACAGCAUGAUGUCUUCGAUGACGGUGGGCGGUACCUUCACUCUCAUGGCAGGCCUCACCAUGCUAUCCACAACCACGCUUGUCAUCCCGAUCAAAUAUGGCUUGCAAUUGAUGCACAAGCGGGAACUCAAGGCGCUGGCCGAAUCCGAAAAUGUCCCUGAAAUAGACCCUGAGUGCCACCGCGGCGGCGGCGGCGACACCGAGCAUGAAGAGCUCGAAGAACACCUCUACCAGCCAGAGGCUAACGCCGGCAGUGACACCAGUAGCCGUGGCAUUGAAAUUAUUCGAAGAAUGUCCACGGCCCACUCCACAGCCGCCGCAACCACGUGA